AUGUUUCCCAAUGGUGUGUGGCGCGGUCUUGCGCUAUGUGUCGCUGUCCUUGCUCCGCAAGCAGUGGCGGAUAUUUGCUCGACCUUGAAAGCCGGGGGAAUCGACGUCGAAUAUCCAAUGUCGCCGGACUAUUCCAAGGAUUUGACCAAGUACUGGUCGGCGGCGUGCGGCGAUCUCAAGCCCACAUGCAUUGCAGCGCCGUCCAGUGCAUCGGAAAUGUCGCAGAUCAUCACCGAGCUGCACAAAGUCGAGACCUUGUUUGCGGUCAAGUCUGGUGGCCAUAUGCCUAACAACGGAUUUGCCAGUAUCCAGGAUGGGUUGCUGGUCUCUACCAAGAACCUCGACCAGGUCUUUUAUCACAAGAAAGACCAAACUGCGGUGAUCGGGCCGGGUCUCUCAUGGGAAGAGGCCCAGAAGGGUUUGGCUGGGACGGGACGGACUAUUGUUGGAGGUCGACUCGGAGGAGUGGGCAUUGGAGGAUAUAUGCUUGGAUGCGGAAUGAGUUUCCUGAGUACGCAGUACGGCUGGGCUGCUAACAACGUGGUGGACUUUGAAGUCGUCCUGGCCAACGGCACUGUCGUCCAUGCAAAUGCUAAAAGCAACACUGAUCUCUACGCUGCUCUGAAGGGAGGCGGAAACAACUUCGGCGUUGUUACAGCCUACACCCUGCAGACACACCCGCAAGACCAGAAGGUCUGGGGCGGCAACUAUGUGUUCACGUCGGACAAGACGCCGCAGGUACUGAAGGCGCUUCGCAACUUUGUGGACGAGUACCCGGAUGACAAGGCGGCGAUUAUUCUGACAUCGGAGUAUGGGAUCGCCAUUGAUUUCUGGAUCAUGUUUCUUUUCUACGAUGGCCCGGAGCCGCCCCCUGGAGUGUUUGACGAGUUCACUGCAAUCGAGCACACCUCAACCACGAAGACGUGGGACAGCUACUACGACCUGCUGAAACACAAUGAUUUCUUUAUUCUGCAUGGACAACGCUACACCAUCGCCACGGAGACAACUCCCCUUCCCAACAAGACCGUUGGAUCAGACGUGCUGCAAGGGUACUAUGACCACUGGCGAAAUGUCACCAAGUCGGUGCUGGAAGUCAGCGGGGUGCUGGGAUCCAUCGCCUUCCAGCCCGUGCCCAAGACCUUCACGCGGAAGGCCAAGGAGCGAGGCGGCGAUCUUCUCUCCAUCCCCACCGACACCAGCUACAUCAUCAUCGAGCUCGACUUCUCCUAUGCCUCAGCCAUCGACGACGACAAGAUCGACCAGGCCAACCAGCACCUGUACCAGGGCAUGGGGAAUUUGAUUCAAAAGAACAUUGACAAGGGCCUGUUGCCAGACGUGUACCGGCCCUUGUUCAUGAACGAUGCCUACUACCGCCAGGAUUACUGGGGUCGCAUCCACCCAGCCUCGAAGAAACGGGCUCUCCAGGCGCGACACCGGUAUGACCCUGACGGGUUCUUCCAGAAGCGGACCAGCGGAGGCUGGAGACUCGAGUAA